AUGGGUGCAACUAUCAACAUUUUCAUUCUUUUAGCAAUAUUUUUCUAUGGCACUUGUCAUUCUAUGGCUAUAAACAAUACUUCUUUACCCAAAUUUCCAGCAAUUUUUUUCUUUGGUGAUUCUAUAUUUGAUACCGGUAAUAAUAAUUAUAUCAAAACAGUAUUUAGAGCUAAUUAUCGCCCUUAUGGUCAAGAUAUUAAUGGUGGUGUUCCUACAGGAAGAUUUUCUAAUGGAAAACUCAUUCCUGACAUGUUGGCUUCUGUUCUUAAAAUUAAGGACAGUGUUCCGCCAUACUUAGACCCAAAUCUUAGUGACAAUGAUAUUAUUACCGGUGUUAAUUUUGCAUCAUCGAGUGCUGGAUUUGAUGAAAGGACAUCUCUAUUAUCCAACGCUAUUCCUGUCUCAAUGCAACUAAAUCAUUUUGGGGACUACAUAACAAGACUUAAAGGAAUUGUUGGAGAGAAAAAGGCUAUGGAGAUAAUUAAUUCUGCUCUCGUGGUAUUAGAUGGUGGAACAAACGAUUUUAAUUUUAAUAUAUUUGACAUUCCCGCAAGAGCAUUCCAAAUGACAGCAACCCAGUACAUUGAUUUUCUACUAAACAAAGAGGAAGAAUCUAUUAAGAAAUUGUAUGAUCUUGGAGUGCGGUCUCUCAUAGUAGCUGGAAUUCUUCCUAUUGGCUCCUUACCUCUUCAAACAAGUACAAGAUAUAUUGAUCCAUUCGAACUACCAUAUAGUUUGGAUGAACAAAAUAAAAUAUCUCUCGAUUAUAAUACGAAGCUCAUAAACCUAUUAUCUAAAUUGCAGCAAAGUCUUCCUACAUCAAAACUUGUCUAUAGCGACUUUUAUUUUACAUUAAUGGAUAUGAUCACUAAUCCUGUUAAAUAUGGUUUUGAGGAAACAAAAAAUGGAUGUUGUGGAAGUCUUAUUUUAAAACAAAGCGUGUUAUGUGAUCCGAUAACUCCAUCAUGUAAAGAUCCUUCGAAGAAUGUAUUCUGGGAUAGAAUACAUCCUACUUCAACAUCUUAUGAGCAUAUUAUCAAUUAUAUGGUGCAAAAUGUGCUACCUAAAUUCCUCUCUUAGUUAUGGAAUGACUGGAAGUAUCCAACAAGCAAUGAAAAUGACAUAUCAAAAUUAUAUUUCAGCUAGGACAUCAAAAAUUAUUUUUAUUCGGAGUAUUUUAAAUUGGUAAAUUGACACCUUAAAACUUUCGGUGGAGUCAAAUGCCUUGAAAUGUAUUGAUAAUUUGGGACAUAUUGUCCAAGUCGGGGUUGAUUUACUGAUUGAUGAUUGCAUUUAACUAAGCAGUUAGG